AUGACGCAAGAUCUUAUUAGCACUAUUGGAGAAAGUGCUGCCUUGGGAGCUACAGUUGUUAUUUGGGGAGAUACGAAUUUAACUUCUUCAGAGCAGCUGAAGUGUGCAGUAGGCACACUUUCUAAGGACAAUGGACGAUGUGUACGAAGAACCUGGAAAGCCCAGGCAUAUUUACAUCUGAAUCCUAAGAACUUCAGGAUAGAAGCCUCAGAGGACCAAGGAUUUAUUGUGAGAGGAGAAGCAUCAAAUGAAGAUCUGGAAAUAAUAUGA